AUGUCACCGAAGCAGAAGGGCACCUUCACUCAUGGUUCUUAUCCCCCGGAAAAGGGUUCAAUGCCGUCCUCUACAUGGAAGAUAGGCCAGCACACGGCUUACAGAUCGGCCGGGAAGGUGGAAGACGUCUACAUCGGUGUUAUGGGAGUCACCGGAGCAGGAAAGUCUUCAUUCAUAGAUUUGUGUACAGGACAAAAGAUUGGAGUUGGCCAAGGCCUCCGUUCACACACGCAGGAGAUUGGAGAGUUUGCUUUCAUGCUGAGUGCAAACCUCAGAGUUCAUCUGGUCGAUACGCCAGGUUUUGACGACACGGAUCGGAAGGAUACUGACGUACUCCGGGACAUUGCUGGAUGGCUGGGCGUCUCGUAUACGAACAAGAAACGUCUAAGUGGCAUGAUCUUCCUACAUCGCAUUAUCGACCCUAGGAUGCAAGGAUCUGCAAAGCGCAACCUUUUCAUGUUCCAAAAACUCUGCGGCGAAGAGUGCUUCAGUCGAAUCAUACUUGCUACCACUAUGUGGUCUCUUGUUCCGCCAGGUAUUGGCGCUCAGCGAGAGCAAGAGCUGAUGCGACAAGACGAUUUCUGGGGCUUUAUGCUGAAAAAGGGCAGUCGAAUCAUGCGACACACGGACGAAAAUGAUCGCUCGUCCGCUUUAGCCAUACUCAACGCGGUAGUUCGUAACCGCAAAGAAAUAACGCUCCGUAUUCAACAGGAAAUGUCCACUGAGGGCUUAGGUCUUGAGGAGACUGAGGCAGGGCAACAAUUGAACGAGGACAUAACAAAGGAGCGGGAGAGGCAUCGAAGAGACAUAGAAGAGUUGCAGCAGGAGAAAGAGGAAGCCUUGGCAGUGGCAAACCAGGAGGCGGCGGAACAGAUCAACGAGCUCCAAGCCGACCUUGCCAAAAAAAUUCAAGCUGGCGAAGAAUCGCAGGAGCGCCUUCGCACUGAUCUUGAAAAGUUGCAGGCAGAACGUAAAGCAGAGCUGAAGAAGCUCUUCGAAGAAAUGCAAGAGCAGAAAGAUAAGCUAGAUAAGAUGGAGGCCGAUAACGAAGAAACCAGGUUCAUGGCAACCAGUCAGACUAACAGAGAAGAGUUUCAAGGCGUAUUGAGCGCGUUGGAAGAAAGUAUGCGGAUCGAAAAAGAGACUCUUAAGACACAGUUUGAGACAUUCGAGAAAAAGAAGAAUGGGGUUAUCAUGGAAUGUGGUGAGUGGCUUCAACUGAUCUGGGAUGGGGUUUGUGCGAUGCUUGAAUAA